AUGCUACGGGCUCUUCGAGCCAAAUCCGAGGAAGAGGGUUGCCGGAUCCUCAAGACCGUUUCCAGACCAGGCCUUUUUUCCUCACGAGUCUCCGGCAAUGUCAUCAAGAAAGGCUACGACUCAAAUUUCUUGAGAAGUGAGAUGAUUGUUAGUACAAUCUUACAAAAACUUGAUGAAUAUUCCAAGCAAUGGAAAACACCCAACUAUUAUGCACCAUACGCUGCACUAAUUGGCCCUUCAAUGUGUGGGAAAACCCGGCUGCUCAUGGAGAUGUUGCAGCAUAUUUGCGUGAUUCUCAUCUGUCUUCGACCCACAGAUUCCACAGGCUACCCGCCUAGGUCGGCGCUUGCUGACACUCUGCUAAAGAAAGAUGCGGGAAAUAGUGAGACGUAUUAUAGCUCUGUUCUUGCUGCUAUCUUCCAAGUUGUCGCCGAUUUUUUCAACCGUCAGAAUCGCGACAUGAUCAAGGAAGGAAGGUUUAUGACAAAGCAAGAAAGGUUGAAGGAGUGGAAUGACUACACCGAAGUGGCGAGCUUGGGAUCACUCGAUAGGACCAGACGAACCCAAGAAGCAUUCAAGAAGGAUGUUGAAGCGGAAUUGAAGAAAUCUCCUGACACCACGCUUCAUGAAGCAGUCAGAGCGAUGAGUGAAUCUACGGAAUUCAUUACAAACCCAGACUAG